AAAGUGUGUGUGACCCGCAGUCGGAUUCAGAGUGGGGCACGUCUCAUAAAGACCUCCAUGCGGUCUAGUGUUUACAGUACCAGUUCAGAGUCUGACAAUAUCGCUUCGCCAUGAGGACUCUAUCUUCUUUUAUAUUGCUGGUGGGAUGCUUUGUCUUAGCCAAAGCCCACACAUAUCACUUGGGCGCCUGUCCCAUUGUAGAACCAGUGCCGGAAUUCCACAUGAAUAAGUUUCUAGGCGUAUGGUACGUGAUCCAGAAGACGUCGACGGCCAGUAAAUGCAUCACGUACAAUUACACUCGCGGCGAAGAGCCUGGCGAGUACGUGAUAACCCAAGAUUCUGAUCACCCGGUAUUAGGACUUACACCAUUGAAGCACGAGUAUCAUUACACCGGUGAAUUGACCAUUCCGGAACUGAGCACCGCGGCACGAAUGCAAGUUCGUUUUCCUCUCAGCGUAGCUGGAAGUGCGUCGCACGUGAUCUUCGCCACCGACUACGCGAACUACGCGGGCGUUUUCACCUGCCAGAAGUUUGCAUUCGCUCAUCGUCAGAGCGCCACCAUCCUCUCCAGACACCGCGACCUGGACAAGAGCUACGUAGACAUGAUACGUCAGAAAUUGAGUAACUUCGGCGUGGAUCCUUACGAUCUGAGCAUCAUCACUCAAACCGGAUGCCCCAAGGGCAACAACACGCUAGAUAUCAAUGUAGAUCCGAACACGUUCUCGUCCGAGAACAUAGGCAACGUGGUGCGCAAGGCCGGGGAGAAAUUAGGCGAUGGGGUCCAAUGGGUGGCCUCUGCGGGUAGCAAAGUUUACCACAAAAUAGCGGGAAGCGAGGAGAAGAGCACCAGCAAACCGGAGGAGCACACCAGAGCCGCCAUUACCAGGGAUUACGAGACCAACGAAGUCGAAUGGAUCCCAUAAAUUUUAGGUUUAAACGGUGAAUUUUAGCUAUUUUGAUCUCGUUCCGUUUUAUUAUCACGUUAGGUACGUUCCAGUUAUCGACGCAUCUUUUGGCACGAAAGUUUAUUUUAUAUUUGAAUACUAAAGGAACGAAGCACCAUUGACCAUAGGUGUCUCAAUCAUAAUAUUAAGAUUUGAGCGUGUUUGACGUUAAAAUGAAAAAUACUAUAUCUGUUUUUUAUUUUAAACAUUUAUUCGUUAAUUACAAAAAAAUUGUUUCCAACCCCUCGGUAACUUGACCACCGAAGUCACUAUAUUGAUUUCCCUGCUAGUAACUACGUUAAUGGAAUUUAAAUUGUUUAUAACUGGGUUAGCGUCGGGAUUAGGUGCACUUAUUUUACAUCGAUGAGAGUAUAAAAUCGUUUAAGAGUUUAACCAGUACGCGCGAGCAUCGGAAUUUCAUGAAGAAGUCGCGAUCGAUCGAGGUGUUUGUAUUUACGUUGGACGUGUAUGCAUCGAUGGAGGCAGGCCGGAGGUAGUUCUAGAACGAGAACAAAAGACUACGUGACUAAUAAAAUGAUAUUUUUACUUCGAUGGCUAUUAUUCGGAUAAGUGGACGGUGAUUGACAAUAUCGACGAUUGUCAAUGUAAAAUAAAAGCUUCUUGAAGCGUA